AUUUUACAUGAUGUUUGGUCCUAAGUAAAUCCCUUCUCGGCUUCUCCUCCUCUAAGUUUGAAUAUUAAAAAAAUAAUCAGUGUGUUUUUUUUUUCUUUGGUCUGUCUUGAAAAUGGUGUGCUUUUGUUUCCUAGUGGACCAAAGGCAUAUGCUGAUGAGCAGCAAGCCGGCAGCCGGGACAUGCUUGCGGUGCCGCAGCGGAGCAAGUGUCGGGCUCAUGAAAACGGUUACCCGUUUUUGUUAUGUCCCAAUUUAUUGGAAAUCUUGGAAGGCUAUAAUCUGCACAUUUUGUGGAGCUGUUCUUAAAUCAUACAGAUGAUGAAGUUCACUGCUUUCUAUUUGUGUUUCAAGUUAGUUAAUUAGGUUUUUGUUCUUUAGAUAUAAAAAAAACGAGAAAGGUUUGUUUUGAUACACACAAAUUUCUCUUUUAAAAAAUUUUAAAAUCAGGUUAACAUGUAACUCAAAGAAUAUAUAUAUAUAUAUAUAUAUAUAUAUAUAAUAUGUAUUAUUUUCGUUGAUUGUUAUUAUGUAUUCAUCAUAAGUAAAAUAUUAUCGAAAGUAAUUAAAGAUCUUGUAAAUAUAUAUUAAAAAUUAUAUAGGUCAUACGUAAAAUGCUACUAAAAUUGAUUGAAGACCACCCUAUAAAUAUGUGUAUUGAAAGUUAUAUAGUUUGUAAAUGUAAAGAAUUUUUGUUUUCAGAAAAUAUUAUUUGACAUAUAUAUUGUUGAUGCACUAGACCAACAGUUGUGAAAAAAGAUAGGGAUGAGUGGUUUUAUUUUCGAGAAGCAGAGAACCUGAAGUAGAGAGGAAGAAAAAGAUCCCCUCAAAUGGAGUAUCUUGGGAUUACUUAACUCAUAGAUUAAUUAUAAAUUUUUGGAUUGAAUCAUUGGGUCGAAUCCGGAUGAGUUAUUACAUAUUUUAUUAUCAGUGAUUAUUUUCCUCAAAGCCUUAAAUCCUUUUAGGUUGAUGUAAUGUGUUAUUUGAACUAAAAUAAUAUAUACUAAUUAUUGAAA